AUGGAGGACACGGAACAAGAAUACAUUGAGACAAUGGAAGUGUCAAUCCCUUUUCAUAUGCUUCCUACACCUGAAGGCUCAGAUAAUAGUGGCGGUGCUGGCCUUAUACUGUCUCCUUAUGACAUGAUGUCUACUUCGGGGCAUGUUUAUGCAGAGGAUAUUUUUCAUGAGGAGGACUGUCUCUUUCAGCUAGAACCAGCCGUGUUGUCUGGAACGUCGGCACCUACAUAUACACAUUCAUACUUAACGAAUACUCUCCUAUCACCACAAUCAUCGCCCACCUUAUCUCCAGACGUGAAUAUUAGCAGCACGACAACAAACUCAUUUUCCCGACAAAACAACAAUAUAUCAAAAUCGAUGUUGUUUCGUAAUAACAAUAAUAGUAGUAAUGGUCAUUAUCAGCAUCGAUAUACACCAAUGAAACCGAAAUCAAUGAGCACAAAUUCUAUUAUGUCUUCCGCGUCCGGGCCUCCAUAUAAUCCGGCUACCGUUUCAAACAUGAUGGCUGCUGUUUCUGCUGCGCAACAGCGACAAAAUCAUCUUCAAACUGCUACUAAUAAAUCAUUAAAUAAGCAAAUAUUCAUUUCUCCGUCAUUACCCCCUCAAUCACCUUCAUCCAAUAAUCAACAACAGAAAGCAACGCUUGUCAUGACCCCUGCUGUUAGCACACAGCCAUUAUUAUUUAUUUCUCCUAAUGGGAUGGGAUCCAUUACUUUGUCACCUGUAAUGACGCCAACAAUCGGAAGUGGUAGUAGUAGUGGAGGGUCUGCUGCUGCUGUUUCGUCAAAUAACAAUAGUAGUCCCGGAAGCGGAAGAAAAUCUAAUCGACAAAAUACCAAUUCGUUGUCUCCCGUGGCACUUGGACCUACCGCAGCUCAAACCAGAAGCCCACAAGCCUUGAAACCCACGAUAAGUCCUAAUCUUAAACCGAAAUUAUCUGGAGCACUUGCUGAUGAAGUUGCCGAACAAUUAGCACAAAAAUCAAAUUAUCAAAAUAUCCUUGAGGGAACUGCACAGUCGCUCGGUAUCUCGUACUCUUCAGAUCUACAAUCUAGCCUAGAAUCGCGUCGCACCACACACAAAGCAGCCGAACAAAAGCGUAGAGAUUCGCUCAAGCAAUGUUUCGACGAGUUGAAGCGGGUUGUGCCGUAUAAAUCAAUGCUGGGUAAGAAUAUCAUCAUUGCCAAUAGUAAUAAUGAUGAUGGUGAUAAUAGUAGCAGUGGUGGCGGCGGCAAAAAUGGAGAUGGCACGAUGAAGAAUGUUAGUAAGCUGUUUCUGCUGAAGAGAGCUCAUGAUCAUAUCGUUGAGCUCCAAGAGCAGAAUAAGGAUAAGGACAAUAUUAUUGCAAAGCUCAUGAAAGAACUUGAGACUUGCAAGGGAAAAUCUAGUAACAACAAUAACAACAAUCAAACAGACGAAACAAUGGACGGAUUGUUAGAAGAUGGAGAAUCAGAGUUCAU